AAAUUGAAAAGCUCUGAAAAUUCUUCUUCAUUAUAUCACUAGAGGCACAAAAAACAAUAAAAAAUAAUUUCAAAUUUCUAGCACAGCGUAAAUAAUCUUGAAGGGUUAAUGAGGUUUGGGAGAGUGUUUUAAUAGUUGAGUUUAUAAUUUCUGAAUUUCUGUAUGAAAUUUGUUGGAUUAGUUGGAGAGAGAGAGAGUGAGGAAGGUCUCUUUUGGGACUUAGUUUGGGAAGAUAGGUUUGGAGGUUUCUGACUAAAGUUGCUUAGAAUGGCGGAAAACUCCGGUAGUGAUAAAGAACUGAGGUCACUGGCUCUAACACUAACAUGGUCUGUUGCUACCGUGUUGACAAUAUUUGUGGUAGUUUCUUUGGUUGUGGAACACUCAAUUCACCGCCUGAGCAAUUGUUUGCGGAAAACCAACAGAAAACCUUUGCUUGCAGCUGUAGAGAAAAUGAAAGAAGAGUUAAUGCUGCUUGGCUUCAUAUGCCUCUUUCUAACAGCCACCUCAAGCACAAUCGCCAAUAUUUGGAUUCCAUCAAAGUUCUACGAUAGCACUUUUGCUCCUUGUACCAGGUCUGAAAUUGAUCAACAACUUGAAGAUGAUGGUUCCAAGGAGCGAAAACUUUUGAUGAGUCCUGUUUCUCACUCAUUUAGGAGAAUUUUGAAUAGCAUGAAUCGAAAUACCUGCAAAGAGGCAUGUGAAUUAUCCAUAUCUGAUUCUAGCGAUCAUGAGCCUUUUGUGUCAUAUGAAGGUCUUGAGCAGUUGCACCACUUCAUAUUUGUCAUGGCUAUCACACAUAUAUCCUACAGUUGCUUAACAAUGUUGCUGGCAAUUGUGAAGAUUCAUAGUUGGAGGGCAUGGGAAGAAGAAGCUCAUAUGGACCGACACAAUUCAUUACACAGUAAGGCAAACUAGUAUUUUUAAUUUAAAUUCAUCUCCUAAGAGAUCUACAAGAUCUACUGCAUAUUUAGAGAAUAUAUCAGAGCCAGAUCGAGGAAGCAAUCAACAACACAUGCUUAGUUGCAAAGUCUGUAUUGCGUAAUCGCGGUAAAAUCCAUACUCUACUCCAAAGAGUAUAGAUCUACAUCAAUUAUUCCCAAGCAAUCAGUGGAAUUUGCUAUCUGAUGACAUUGAAGAAGCUAUAUAUCUCAACUAGGAGAUCUACAUCUGCGUAUUUAGAGAAUAUAUCAGAGCCAGAUCGAGGAAGCAAUCAACAACACAUGCUUAGUUGCUAACUCUGUAAGUAUUUACUUCCAUCUCACUGCCUAGCUAUCUUUUUCUUCUGUUUUCUCUCUUCACUUCUUUUCUUUUCUCUUUUUUGGAUGAUUUCGUAGUAUUGGUUAUGGUACAAGGUGUACAACUUACGAUCUAUGCUUGCACCCUUCUCCAGGUAUUGCAUGAUUUGCAUCGUUGUGGUGAAAUCCAUACUCUAUUCCAAAGAAUACAGAUUUACAUUAAUU